CAACGGUCAUAUUUGCUGAUCACAAAGAGCCGUAAGUCCCUUUACCUUUCUCUUUCUAGAAUCUAAACCCCCAGCCUACUACCAUGAAAUUCUCACUCUUCCUCUUCUCACUUCUUCUCACCGUCACUCUCCCACUCCACUCCCUGGCGGCACAGUCCAAGGCCCAAAACGGCGUCGUCACGCUGGAGCUGUGGUGCGUAGCCAAGAACAACGCCGACAACCCCGCUCUCCAGACGGCUCUGGAUUGGGCCUGCGGACCCGGCGGUGCCGACUGCUCCCCCAUCCAACAAGGUGGGCCUUGCUAUGACUCCCAGGAUCUGCAGAAAACGGCGUCGUUUGCCUUCAAUGAUUACUACUUGAAGCAUGGGUCUGAUGAUAGCUGUGCCUUUGACAACACUGCCGCUCUCACUUCUCUUAAUCCCAGUUUUGGUAAUUGCAAGUUCCCAUCCAGCUUUACGGGGAGCAAUGGAAGCUUUGUUGGGUCAACGAACACAAUGGGAAUGGGACCUGCUAGUGCAGAUUUGAGCGGCUGUAGUCAAAUAGCUGGCAGAUGGGUUCAGGCCUUAAUCACAGUUCAUUUGCUCAUUGCAGUUAUACUAAUCCUUUGAGCACACAACAGAGUGAGCUACCCUCUUUUAUUCUAAGAAAAUGGUAAAAUUCAUUUGUUCAGAGUAGUAUAUAUGUUAGGCAUUUAAUUUAGCUCCUCAAGAGUAGCAUAUUUAAAUCAGGUUAUCAGUGAAGAAAAAGAGAGCAACUCUCUUUAAUGUAACCUCUUCUUUUAUGUAAGCUCUUUAGUGAAGCAAACAGAGUUUUUUGCUGAGAUGUGUAUUAGGAGUUUAGGAUCUGCCACGACGAAGUUAUGAAUGAAGCAAAAACAUUUUUUGUUGUUGAGAAUCUGAUCCAUGAAUUUCAA